GUCAGUUGAAAGAUAGGCGUUGGAUCGAGAAUACCGCAGAUACAGUAUGGCGAACCCAACAGAAACAAUAGUUAAUCCAAACGAGCAUUUGGAGAUUCCCAAGUGGAUAAAUGAGGAAUACUUCCAGCAAGUUCUGCAGAAAGAUGAGCCAGACUAUAAGAAGAUUUUUAACUUUAAGCCUGUAGCUGCCAUCCCACCAGGGGAGAACUUCACAUCAAUUAUGCUGCGUAUUCACUUGGAUCUCCAGAUGAAAGAUGGCAGCACUAAACAUAAAACCUACAUUUUUAAGACUAUGCUGGCGGAGGAACGUGGUGGCAAGGAGAUUCGCGAAGGAGGUAUUUUCGACAAGGAACUAAUGAUGUACCAGACGUAUCUGCCCGCCUUCGAGGAGCUAUAUAGUUCCACCGGAGAGAAGAUUCAGCUGGCUCCUAAAUGCUUGCAUACAGAUCAGCGUGAGAACGGAAUCCAUUUUGUGUUUGAGGAUCUGGGUGUGAAGAAGUUCCAGAAUGUGGAUCGCAUCCAGGGUCUGGAUCUUGAACAUAUGAAGAGAUCCCUCCAUAAACUAGCCGAGUUUCAUGCGGCUGCAGCUGUUUACGCCGAGCAAAAAGGACCGUAUCCCUCGCAAUUCGAGGAGGGAUUUAUUGGCAGGGACAAAGUCAAGAUCCAUGAAGCGGGUUUUCUAGUAAAGGCGAGAACAUACCCCAAGGCCAUGGCAUUUUGGGGCUUGGAAGAUCCGGAAAAAUAUAUAAAUAACUUUCCUACGGUGCAGCAAUACUCAAAAAUGUGUGAAAAGAAUCUGGAGACGGAUCCAUUGGCCUUCAACACCCUUACGCAUGGUGACUUCUGGUCCAGUAAUCUCAUGUGCAACUAUCUAGCCAAUGGCCAAAUCGAUGAGGUCAUCAUGGUCGACUUUCAGCUGUGCAAAUGGGGCAGUCCUGCCCAAGAUCUCCUCUUCUUCAUCACACUCUCAGCGGCUAGUGAUAUUAAGCUCAAGGAGUUCGAUAACUUUGUCAGGAUUUACUGGGAGCGAUUAGUGGAAUGCCUAAAGCUGCUAAAGUACCAGAAAUCUCUGCCAAAACUUCGAGACCUGCAGACAUCUUUGUAUCAAGACACCAAUACUAUCUACGCUUUUAUUGCCGUCUCCAAUCAUCUUCCCGUCAUUCAAUUUCCCUCCGACAAGGAAUCCAAUUUGCAUUCCCUUCUGCGAGAUGACGAGGAGGGUGAUAAAUUCCGCAUGCGAACAUUUACAAAUCCAAGUUUUUGCCGUCUUAUGAAGGAAAUCUAUCCAUUUUUUUACAACCGUGGAAUUUUUAAUUUUAUUGACUUCGAAUAAGAAAAGAAAUGUAUUUAAAGAUUUUUGAAUGGGUCUCAAAUAAAAUGAAAAUGUUGUUGACUGAAA